AUGUCAAGACAGCACUCAGAAUAUUCUAGCAGUCUAGAACACCUCAUACAUUCCGACACUCACAAACUGCAGAACAACACCAAUGAAAAGGUUAAGGAGACCAGGAGCAGGCCGCGCUCCAUCUCUAGUGGAAGAGUGUCCGUCCCAGACGCUGCUGCCCCUAAGCCGUCCUCUGAGACCCGCACAGGGAGGACUUUGUGGAUCUCCCGACUGUGCAGAAGACCACAGAAGAAAGAAAGUCUAAAAGGAGGAAAGAGUGAACCGCAGCAGAGCCAAGCCCCCUCCUUAGCAUCGUCAACAGGAGGGAAUAACUGCUGCAUCUUCUCCUGCUUCAGAAGAAAUUGUCGAGUCGCACCAUGUAAAGGGAGAGAGCAGAGGACCCCUAACACACCUCACAGAAGCCCAGCCAAAGAAACUCUCUAUGAGGUCACUGAGGUGCAGAGGUUCAAUCCCUGCAGUGAGGACGAGGAAGAAGAUCUGGAGCAGGAAGCAGAGGAGAAAAAAGAGGAAGAGAGGAGGAAGAAGGAUGAGCUUUAUCCUCUGCAGAACAACACCAAUGAAAAGGUUAAGGAGACCAGGAGCAGGCCACGCUCCAUCUCUAGUGGAAGAGUGUCCGUCCCAGACGCUGCUGCCCCUAAGCCGUCCUCUGAGACCCGCACAGGGAGGACUUUGUGGAUCUCCCGACUGUUCAGAAGACCACAGAAGAAAGAAAGUCUAAAAGGAGGAAAGAGUGAACCGCAGCAGAGCCAAGCCCCCUCCUUGGCAUCGUCAACAGGAGGGAAUAACUGCUGCAUCUUCUCCUGCUUCAGAAGAAAGUGUCGAGUCGCACCAUGUAAAGGGAGAGAGCAGAGGACUCCUAACACACCUCACAGAAGCCCAGCCAAAGAAACUCUCUAUGAGGUCACUGAGGUGCAGAAGUUCAAUCCCUGCAGUGAGGACGAGGAAGAAGAUCUGGAGCAGGAAGCAGAGGAGAAGAAGGAAGAAGAGAGGAAGAAGGAAGAACAGAGGAAGAAGGAAGAAGAGAGGAAAAAGGAGGAGGAGCAGAACAACAAGUUGGAAAAGGUGAAGAAGGAGGCACAGACGAAGAAGGGGGAAGAAAAGAAGAAAGAGGAGGAGCAGAAGAACAAGUUGGAAGAGAGGAAGAAGGAAGAAGAGAGGAGGAAGAAGGAUGAGCUUUCUGUGAUCGGGGGGAAGAAAGGAAGAAUAAUCAAGCUUCCCACAAUCAAGGAGAAGGAGGAUGAAAGUACGGUGAAGAUCCAGGACUCGUCCUCCAUCAGGAAAAUAGAGCCUCAAGUCCCAAUCAAAGCGGUGAAGAAGGCGGUCCGCUUUGAGAGCCGCGCACCUCCGCAGGCCUGGCUUGGGUUUCCGAACCCGGGCAAUCUGUGCUACAUGAACUCCAGCUUGCAGGGCCUCCUCGCGCUGAAGGACUUCAUCAGAGACAUCAGCAGACAGGAGGACGUGUGGAGUUACCUACCAGAGGCUGAAAUCAUCAAAAGAUUCAUAGACAUCGUGAGGUGUCACGGCUCUGCUGACCCCAUCUACAAAGUCCAGGCCCUCCUCAAGUUUAAGAAAGCCCUCUCGAUCGGGGCUCCUGAAUUUACAAAUAACAACCAGAAAGACGCUCACGAAUUCCUCACCACCAUCCUGGACCAGAUGAGGAGUGUGGCCCCGCUGCUGCAGGAUAUCGCUGCCAUCCUGGGGAGGAGCUACAGAUGCCCCGUAGAGGAACACAUGGUGUUCAGGAUUCAGAACACCAGGACCUGCAGGAGCUGUGGAGCCGGGUCAACACGGGAGGAAGUCUACACCAACCUGUCACUCAAACUGCUGCCUGGAGCCUCAGUGGAGGAAAUGCUCCAGGUCUACCUCAUGGAGACGGAGCUGGACUUCAGGUGUGACUGCGGGUCCAACAGGUCGGUCCAGCAGCCCGCCUUCAGGACCCUGCCAAAAGUUCUGAUGCUGCAUGUGAGGCGGAUCUGUUUCACUCCCAGCAUGCAGCUGGUGAAGCUGAGUGACCCGGUCACAGUCUACAAGGAGCUGAUGGUGACCUCCAGCGAGGAUUUUGGGUGGUACAGCCUGGUGGGCAUCAUCAACCACUUUGGAAACCAUGCCGACAGUGGACACUACAUCAGCGACGUUCUCCAUCCCGAGGCAGGGCUGGAUGACCCCUCUGACAGAUGGCUGACCUUCAACGAUGGAGAAGUCUUUAGCAACACCGGGGACGCUGUGUGUCAGCAGAGGAGAGAGACUGCCUUCAUCCUCCUCUACCAGAGAAGACAGUUGUAGGGGGUCGGCGGGGGUAGGCAGCGGGCCAGAGAGGAGCCCAGGGGAGCGGCUACGGGGGGGCCAAAGAGAUGUGGAGCAAACACUCCCUGCAGCGGGCUGACGCCGAGCAGCGACGGGGGACCACACGGGUGAGUAUGUGUAUUCCUCCCUGUUCCUGAAGGUGGUGAAGCUGGAGACGGAGGACCAGCAGAUGAUUAGGCCUGGAACAGAGAGAGGACCCCCCCCCCCCCCCCCCCUCUCCACCGGCCCUCAGGAGGAGGGGCUUCUCCCAGAGAGCCUGGUUCCUCCCGAGGUUUCUUCCUGUAAAAGGGAGUUUUUCCUCGCCGCCGUCGCCUGUGAAUCUUAACCAGGCCCGAUUAGAACUCAUCUCCUGCUCCUCAGUCUGAUCCGGCAGCGGAUGGAGUUAGUAUUUUAACAUCAUAUUUGGAGAUGAGUGGGCCUUUGGUAACAUGGCUUGCUCUCUGGGAAUAAUAAUAGUAAUCAAUCAGCUUUAUUGAAGAGACUCAGGGUCCAUUUAAAAACGUACAACACUCAAAUAUAAAUUUAAAAAAGGCAGUUAUACCAAUGUCUCCUCAGAGGGGACAUCGUACAUCACUGACACAAGGAUUUGACAGCAGCAUAACGACAAAAUUAUGAGAAUUAUUCAAUCGGCAGAGAUAUUUGUACUUCAGAUUUCUCAAGAUUGCUUGGGACGUGUUGACUCGCGCAUUACAAAACAUUUCACUUGCACUGCAUCACCUUGGUGUUCCAAGCAGUAUACGCAAACAAUCAUUAUAAGCUACCUGGAGCUUCCUGAGGCUCGCCUUCUUAAACGUGACCCACAAGGGGGCAGUAUAACAAGGACAACAAUAAUCUCUAAAGUUCACUUUAACCUUAUCUGAAAACCAAUGCCGCUUUUCCACUAACCCGGAGCCGGAGAUGGAGCCGGAGCUGGAGCCGAUAAAGAUCUGGUUUUUCGGUUUUCCAC